UGUCUCCUACCGAGCGUGAACGAUACAUUUGCCCCCUCAGACGUAGCAGAUAUCAUAGAGGGGGAGUCAAAAUCCUACUUCACCCCUCCAGCGGUGCCUCUCCGCCCCUCAGAGUCACGCUGCCUACGAGCUGCAUAUAAAUACAAGGACGAAGAGACACGAAUUUCACCUUUGUUAUAGUAUAACCGUUCAGUUAUGGCAGCACAGGACUUCAAUUUUUUACUCGCGACGGAUUCAUACAAGAUAACGCAUUACAAGCAAUAUCCUCCAAAUGUCAGCAAAGUGUACUCAUACUUUGAGUGCCGGCACAAGAAGGGUGCCCAGUUCAAUGAAGUUGUGUUUUUCGGCCUGCAGUACCUGCUGAAGAGAUAUAUAGCAGGCCGUGUUGUCACAGAGGAAAAAAUUCAGGAGGCAAAAGUCUUUUACCAGAUGCACUUCAAGCAGAAAGUGUUUGACGAAGAAGGCUGGAGGAAAGUGUUGGAGAGAUACGACGGCCGCCUUCCGAUCCGCAUCAAAGCCGUUCCUGAGGGUAGGAUCAUUCCCAGGGGAAACGUCCUCUUCACUGUGGAGAACACAGACCCGGACUUCUACUGGCUCACUAACUAUAUUGAGACUAUGCUGGUCCAAAUGUGGUACCCCAUCACCGUGGCAACAAUCUCCAGGGAGUUCAAAAAGAUCCUGGCCAAGCACCUGAAGGCCACAUCAGGCAGCCUGGAAGGGCUGGAAUUCAAACUGCAUGAUUUUGGUUACAGAGGAGUUUCUUCACAAGAGUCAGCAGCACUUGGAGGAGCGGCUCACUUGGUCAACUUCUGCAGCACAGACACAGUGGCUGGACUGCUUAUGGCCCAGCGCUACUACAACUGCCCUAUGGCUGGCUUCUCCAUUCCUGCUGCUGAGCACAGCACCAUUAUCUCCUGGGGUCGGAACAGAGAAAAGGAGGCGUAUGAAUACCUACUGGACCAGUUCCCCACUGGUCCAUUGGCUGUGGUCAGCGACAGCUACGACAUCUUCAAGGCCUGCAAGCACAUUUGGGGCGACAAGCUGAAGGAGAGAGUGAUGGAGCGCAGUGAAGACUCCAUGCUUGUCAUCCGCCCAGACUCAGGAGACCCCACAGAGACGCUGCUGGAGGUGAUAAAGAUUUUGGAAGAGCGUUUCAGCUGCUCUGUAAACUCUGUAGGCUAUAAGGUGCUUCCAUCAUAUCUGCGCAUCAUUCAGGGUGAUGGCAUAGAUCUUUGCUCCGUUGAAAAGAUCCUGAAGAAGCUCAGCGAUGAGGGCUGGAGUGCGGAGAACGUGUUCUUCGGCUGUGGAAGUGCUCUGCUGCAGAAGCUCAACAGAGACACACUAAACUGCGCUUUUAAGUGUAGCUAUGUGGAAACCAAUGGGAAGGGGAUGGACGUAUAUAAGCAGCCAGUGACAGACCCAUCUAAAGGAUCAAAGCGUGGCCGCCUGUCGCUGAGGAGAAACUCAGACGGGUUAAUAGAGACAGUGGAGAGGGGCGUGGGCAAACCUGAGGAGGACAUGCUGGUGACGGUGUUUGAGAACGGGACCAUUCUGCAGGAGUACUCUCUGGACGAGAUCCGGAAGAACGCCCGACUGUGGGAGGAGGACUUGAGUCUCUCCCAGCAUAACCAGGACCACCCCACAGGCCUGGAGAUCCACCAGAAGCACAUCAUGAACGGGGUGCACUGAUUGGCACUGCGAACACACUGUUCACAGUACUGCACUACCAACGGACCAACUAAUUCUCUGGCUACUACCCCAUUCUCAUCAUGUCUUCUGUCCAUAUAUUCACAGCAGACAUGCGGUUCAGCGAUCACAGAUUAGUAGACCAUAACACAACUGACAUUGAAUUAGGCUUUUAUAACUUUGAGGUGUCUUCAUACUAUUAGCUUUUGCUUGCCAGUUAUUUAUUACUCCACGGAAGUUAUUAAAUGAGCUAUUAUAAUAACAUGAAAGUACUGCAUUUAUUUUGCAGUGGUGGAAAGAGAGUGGGGGUGCUGUUACUUCAGAGAUUUGACGUAACAGUAAUUAACCAAGAUGGUUUUUCCCUAAUAUACAAGUUGCUGGCCAACUGUUUGGCUCUACUUAUUUUCUUCACUAAUUUGAUAUCAGUGUAUGCAACCUAAAUUCUAACAAGCUGCUGCAAAA